CCACCCACGUGAUUCCGCCACGACCAAUCGCGUGCAAGGACGGCGGCGCGUGCGUCUGCGAUCUUCUUCAACGUUGCGGCAAUGAGCUCCAAGCCGGCGUGUCUCUUCGCGCUCAGUUCUGCGGCUGAAGGUGUGUCUGCGCAAUCCUUUGUCCAAUCGUACACCCUGUGCAGCUCUGCGUUUACGCUGCAUAUUGCCACACCUGGGGGAAAGCUGCCAGAGUUUGUCCAUCAGGAUGAGGCUUCUCUUCGUUGGCUGCAGGACUUCUGCACAAAACCGCAUUCCACCCCACUCCGCCUGGAGUCCGUCGACGGUGCGAGGUACAAUGCCCUCUUCCUUCCCAGCAGCCUCGGCGCCUUGAGCGACUUGGCACACAGCGGAUACCUGGCUCAAAUCCUGCAGCAUUUUGUCGCUGAGAAAAAGCCCAUAUGUGCUGUGGGACACGGGGUCGCCGGGCUGUGCUGUGCACUCAAAGAGGACAGGGGCUGGGCGUUCCGUGGCUACAGCCUCACUGGGCCGUCGGUGUUUGAGCUGGUGAGGAAACCGGGUUUUGCUAACCUCCCUGUGAUUGUGGAGGACUUCUGCAAGGAAUCUGGAGCCACCUAUAGCGCCAGCGAGGUGGAUGCCGUGCACGUGGUGAUCGACCGACACGUCAUCACGGGCCAGAAUGAGCAGUCGACCGUCGCUGCUGCUCAGAACCUCGUUCUGCUGAGCAGCUCCAGAAAAUGACAUCCCUGGAGAAGAUUCACGUGAAUGACCGUUACCUCUCAUCACGAUCGUCGUGUACACUACUCGUCAUAUCAACAAGACGACAGGUCCCGGUCUAGAUUUCUAGUGUUGGGAAUCGGACCAACAAUAUGCUCAUUCAUUUGGGAUUGGCUUGGUUUUCCUUGCAUCCAUACCAAUCUGAAUCUCACUCUCUCUUUCCAUCUGGCAUCUCGCAUGUGAGUUACUUGUCAUUUUUUCUGUACGAGUGAUGCAGUGGAAAUUGUCAUGGACAGCCACGUGUGUGUAUAUCGGUCAUUGCAAUGGGAGAAAAUGUAAUGGGGAAGAAAUGUGAAUGCGUAAUUUGAAAUGUAGGUUCCAUUUACAGAAUACAGCCAACUCUGGUGCAUGGUUAUCUUAACAUGUUGUAUGUUUACCUACAUAGAUUGGGGCUGAAGACGUACAAUGUGUCUUAUGGCUUGUAUUUUUUUUAUUAUUUCUUAAAAUGUAUUUGUUUUACUUGUGUUUGUGGUCACGUGUUCAAUGAGCCACUGCCCCUCAAUGAGUUAGGAGCAACUUAUAAUUAAACCAAUGUGCAUGAAGAUAUUUUA